AUGACUAGGCUAGAAUUUGGCACUGUCAUAUUUGGAUCUGGCCGACGACUCGGAGGAAUCGUGAAAUUAUUGAAAUCGUGUCAGUUCCAAGUUCGGUGGGGGUGGUGUCGCUGGGGCUUCGGAGACCAACGUGGACAGGCGCCUGAAACGAUCGAUCUUGCCAAAGAUUCUUGUAUCCUAAGGAAUCAUUUGGGCUCACUCGAAUGUCGUCUCUGUCGGACGCUUCAUACCAACGAAGGUUCAUACCUAGCUCGCACUCAAGGAAAGAAGCAUCAGAACAACCUUGCUCGUCGUGCGGCUUGUGAUGCUAAGGGCACACAGUUGACGGUUGCUCCCACUCAAAGCAAUAUACAACGCAAAGUGUCCCUGGAAACAGGACGCCCAGGCUACCGAGUAACAAAAGUGCGAGCCAAAGAUAAUGGUGAGGAAAUGAUGGUCCAGGUUCACCUUCUUCAAAUCAAAACGGACGACAUCCCUCGCCGACGAUUUAUGAGCGCUUGGGAGCAAAAGAGGGAGCAUCCGAACAGGGCUCACCAGUAUCUAAUAGUGGAUGCUGAACCUACGAGACAAUUGCUUUCCGCAUUCCCGCGCGCGAGAUAG